AUGGAUUCAAUGAAGGAUGCAUCUGAAAACUUUGAUUCGCAACAAUGGAGCAAGGAAGAGGUUUUCAAGAGCAAAGAAGAAUUACUUGGUUGGGUACGGGACGUUGGAAGGAAAAAUGGGUUUGUGAUUGUCAUCAAGAUAUCAGACUAUGGUGGUGGUCAGAGGACACCAAGGAUAUUUCUUGCCUGUGAGAGAAGUGGUCAAUACCGAGCUCAUAAGAAAUUAGAAGGAGAUGAUUCGAGCAAAAAAAUUGUGAAGAUAACGGGUACAAAGAAAUGCGGGCGUCCCUUUGAGUCAAGGGCUCGUAAGUUGAUGGCUGAUGAUGAUUGGAUGGUAGAUGUAGCAUGUGGAAUGCAUAACCAUGCUCCUGCUAAACAUUUUGAAGGACAUUCAUUUGCAAGGAGAUUAUCUAAGGAGGAAACAUCAUUAUUAGUGGAUAUGUCCAAAAGCAUGGUCAGACCGAAACAGAUUUUGGUUACAUUGAAACGAAAGGAUGCUUUGAAUGUAACCACUAUGAAAACUAUUUACAAUGUACAUCAUAGGAAUAAUGUUAUUGAGAAAGCUGGGAGAUCACAAAUGCAACAUUUGUUGGGUGAGUUAGAAAAGCAUAAUUACAUUGAGUGGCAUAGGUGUGACAACAACACGAUGACUAUCACAGACUUGUUUUGGGCACAUCCUGUCAGUUUAGAUUUGCUUCCUUCAUUUCCAAAGCGGAUUGAUAAGUACGUUUGGGUGUUAACUACAUUGCGUAGUCUCUUGGAUGACAUUGCUAUUCCUGAGGUGAUUGUCACGGACAGGGAGCUUGCUUUGAUGAAUGCUAUUGACAGGCUUGAAUACAAUGAACAUCUUGCUAGGCUACUUGCGGAUUUUGCUACAUAUCCUGAGGCAGUGCAAUAUGUGUCACAAAGUUGGUUAAUUCCAUAUAAGGAUAAGUUUGUUGCCGUAUGGACAGAUAGUUGUAUGCAUUUCGAGAAUGUUACAACCAAUAGGGCUGAAAGUGCACGUGCAAAACUGAAACGGCAACUUGGUUCUAACCAAGUAAAUUUUGAGUGUUCUUGGACCAAGAUCCAUAGUUUGCUUGAGUUACAGCAUGUUGAUAUUAAGGCAUCGUUUGAGAAGAGGUUAACCAUUGUACAACACCAGUUCAAACAGUCCCAUUUUAUAGAGCUCCGAGGCAAUAUCUCUAUUACUGCAUUAGAUCAUGUCUUAGCGGAGAGUAAGCGAGCGAAUGAUGUUGGCAUUGAUGCUUCAUUGGAAAUUUUGCAUAAGUUAGGAGAGAUUGCAGAUCCACAAAGUAGUUUUCUCAUUGAGCCGGAUGUGAAGCUCAACCCUCGAGGUAAGGCACAUAAGAAGAUAGAUGUAUCUACACGUCGAGACCCAUGUGCAUUUGAGCUAGUUCAGUCUGGACAUGAUAGCCACUCACCUAUGGGGACCCAGAUCCCCACACAAGAUUCUGUCAAAGUAUAUCGGAUGCGUACAAGUACGACUUAUUCAUAUGUUGAUGCCCUUCCAGUUGGAUUGAAGCCUUACAUACGUCUUAUCAAGGAUGUAGAUGCCAAUGGCAAUUGCGGGUUUAGGGCCAUUGCUGGCUUGAUGGGGCUUACAGAGGCUGAAUGGGGUGAAGUCAGGCGUGAUCUCCUACAGGAAUAA